ACGUGGCUCCUCUGGAAAAGGGGAAGCCGUGGCAGGAAUGUUAGCUGCGGAAUCAGCUGGAGCGCUAGUCUACCUCACUGAGCUGGAUGGCAGGGACACACUGGUGGAAGAACUUCAGGAAUCACAACAGGGUGCUCUUUGGAACGAGGGACAGAUGAAAUCAAGAGGCGGUAGGCCCAGCCGGGCGUUGGCUGUACUGUUCACAGGUGCUGCCCUGCUGGUCAUCUCCUCCAGAGGGGUGUCCAGUGGGAAGAUGAUGUCCCAGGCAGCCAUGGCUCAUGCCACAGCCACAGCCGCUGGAUCAGGCCAAGGGCUUCCAGAUGAGUUCCUAGGCUUCCAGGCCUUAGCUGACUUCUUUGCAAGUGAGCGUGCCGAUGUCUGGCUCUGCUCUCUGGUUGGGUCUGUUGCUGUAGGACUCACUGGAAUUUUCCCCCUUCUUGUUAUUCCUAUUGAGGCAGGAGAGGCCCUCGAGACAGCGGCUGGCUGUCGGAAGCUAAAGCAGCUCCUGAGCUUUGCCAUUGGUGGUCUCUUGGGUGACGUGUUCCUCCACUUGCUCCCGGAGGCUUGGGCACAUUCCCACUCCUGCAGCCCAGACGAGAGCCAGCUCCACUACAGGACCCAGGGCCUGUGGGUUAUCAUGGGUAUGAUGUCCUUCCUUCUCCUGGAGAAGAUGUUCCCAGAUGAGAACAGUCAGGAGGACUCCAUUGGUAACAGCCAGCAUGUCCCUACCUCCCAUAGCUCAGACUCCAGUAGUGAGGUGUUGUCCCACAUCAAUGGGCACCAUUUUGAUACUUGGAGCUCGUCCUCCAAGACAAAAAGCAGCUUGCAGCAAGUUCCAAAGAAAAUAAAGAUGCGUGGGUACCUGAACCUGCUGGCCAACUGCAUCGACAACUUCACCCAUGGCCUGGCUGUGGCAGGGAGCUUCCUGGUCAGCAGGAAGGUUGGGUGUCUCACCACCUUUGCCAUCCUGCUCCAUGAAAUCCCCCAUGAGGUGGGUGAUUUUGCCAUCCUGCUGCGUGCGGGGUUUGACCGCUGGAGUGCCGCCCGCAUGCAGCUAUCCACAGCCCUGGGAGGGGUGCUGGGGGCUUGUUUCGCCCUAUGUGCCCAGUCUCCCAGAGGGACAGAAAAUGCAACAGCGUGGAUCUUACCAUUCUCCUCGGGAGGCUUCCUGUACAUAGCCCUGGUCAAUGUGGUGCCUGACCUCCUGGAGGAGACCAGCCUCGGACACUCCCUGUUGCAGAUCCUGCUCCUGUGCUGUGGCAUUGCCGUCAUGGCCGUUUUGUCUGCCGUAGUGGAUUGAGCUCAAAAGACAAGCCUGCUUUACCAAAAUAUAAUUGAGAACAUCACCGCAACAUUCACUGGACUGGGAAGCAAUCCCCCUUUCUAUAAAGUUAAGUCCUCCGAUUGCAUUCAAUUGCCCUUUUUAUUAUUAUAUGGAACUUUGUUUUAAUACUCCACCUAGUGCCAAAACAUCCUAUCAGCAUGACCAUCAACAUGGAAGCGAUCUGACAAUCAGAACGGCACCUUGAAUCAUGAUACCUGCUUUUUCUAUCAGGACUCUAGACCAACUGUGUCCACCUUGUCUGCUGAUCUCUGACUACUGUCUGUGUGGACACUAAUGUGCCAAACCCAGACAGACAGACAUUUUGAAAUGGCAAGAGAGCUGAAGAAAGCUUAUUGAAGCUUUCAUGGAAGUAACUGGACUAUCUGAGAGCAUCAGACCAUAAUGGGCAGACACUCAGUCUCAUUCUGUUUUAUUGCACAUACUCAAACAGGUCAUAUCGGACACUUAUGAGCAGCUCAUGCAUACUGGUACAAACUUAAUCUCACAUGGCUUUACCAAACUAAAAUGCAUACACAUUUCCUUACAUUCUUCAAAUUGAAUGCUCAUGUGCUGCUUUCUAUUUGUCUCUUUCAGGCUAAUUUAUAUUUGUGUCUUAUUGGUUUCUGUAUCUGCUUAUACUGCUAAGUAUUUCAGAAAGUAACAUGGUGCAAUGUUUUUGUCAAAUUCUGUUGUGACUCCCAUCACGCACCAUUGCGUUUUGUAUAGGGUUAAUCUGUUACAUUGAUGUAUAUUCAAGCAAAAAGAGCAUGUAUUUUUCAAUUGCAUACAAUGCUAAUUUGUUAAGAGACACUCAGACAGAUAUAUUUGGAACUCCUUAAUUUCAGGAAAAUAUGGUUUAGAAAUGUUAUAAUAAUAUUAUGCAAAAUAUUUUUGUGAUCUUGAUUUUACUAUUGUGAUUUCAGAAAGUAUUCACACCCCUUGACUUUUUUCAUGUUUGUUACAAAGUGGGAUUGAAAUAUUUUUUUAUCAGCAAUCUACAAUACUCACGUCAAAGUUUAAAAAUAUAUAUAUAUUGGAAAAUAAUUCACUGUCUUGAUUAGAUAAGUAUCCAACCCCCUGAGUCUGUUAAACACCUUUGGCAGCGAUUACAGCUGCGUCUCUGGGUAAGUCUAAGAGCUUUGCACACCUGGAUUGUACUAUAGUUGCCCAUUUUAUUUUUAAAAAAUCAAGUUGGUGGUUGAUCAUUGCUAGACAGCCAUUUUCAAUUAUUGCCAUAGAUUUUCAGUUAGAUUUAAGUCAAAUGAAACUAGGCCACUUGGGAGCAUUCAAUGAUGUCUUGGUGAUCAACUCGUGUUGAGAAUAUGAAGUGCUACACUGUUGUGUUGGACCCAAACAUAAUGCUUUGUAUUCAGGACAAAAAGUUCAAUUAUUUGCCACAUUUUUUUCAGUAUUACUUAAGUGCCUUGUCUCAAACAGGAUGCAUGUUUUGGAAUAUUUGUAUUAUUUUCAGUCUGUCAUUUGUCAGUAUUGUGGAGUAACUAAAGUACAAUGUUGUUCCAUCCUCCAUUAAACUCUAUUUUAAAAUCGCCAUUAGCCCCAUGGUGAAAUCCCUGAGCGGUUUCCUUCCUCUCCGGCAACUGAGUUGGGAAUGGUGCCUGUAUCUUUGUUGUGACUGGGUGUAAUGAUACACCAUCCAAAGUGUUAACUGCAUCAUGCUCAAAGGGAGAUGUAAUGUCUGCCCCCCCCCCUCUAUUAUUGUGCAGAGUCCGUGGAAUUUAUUUGACUUGUUAAGCACAUGUUUACUCCUGAACUUUAUUUAGGCUUGCCAUAAAAGGGUUGAAUACUUAAUGAGUCAAGACAUUUCAGCUUCUCAUUUUAAAUCAUUUGUAAAGAUUUUUUUAUUCCACUUUCACAUUAUGGGGUAUUGUGUGUAUAUCAGUGACCCAAAACCUCAAUUUAAUAAAUGUUUAAUUUAGGCUGUAACAAUGUGGAAAAAGUCAAAUGGUGUGAAUACUUUCUAAUUGCACUGUAUUCACUCUUGGUAGUUGCACGCUCACAAGUUACACUAAGUGAAAGCUAUGGAGAUUAUGCAUCAAUAUGUUAUGCAAUAAAAUUCCACACUAAACAUGUUUUCUGUAAGCACAUGUUCUGCAGCAAAGAGUCUGGACUUAAAAUGUAAUGGGAGCCAGAAGAGGGGUGUAUUGAUUGUUUGUUCACUCUUGACAAGAGCCCGUUGCCAUAACGACUCCCCUGCAGAUUACCUUCCUUAGUCCUGUGAGAAGCCUACUGCCUGUGGGAGCCUUCCUGUGAGUUAAGACACUGAAGCUCCAUUUAUACCUGGUUCUAACACGCACCAUUUAUCCUGAUCUUGUCCACAUUCUGAUUGUGCCCACACUUUUAGACAGGUGGAGAUGAUUAAAAGACGCACUGUGAUCUGGUUGUGAUCAGAUCUUCCUGACCACCUCCGGAGGUAGUCGGGCACGCUUUGGGAGAAUCUCAAUUGAAUACUCCUCACACGCUUUCGCCUUGCCUUCUUAAACCCAUUGGAUGAGAAAGGCAGAGGUCCCUCCCCUCUGACAUCCUCCAGUGGAGGAGGAGGCGAGUAGAGAGGAUGCAAUUGAGAUUCUCCCAUAGUGUCUGGAUAUCUUACAAGUGUAGAUGGAUCUGGACUGUGAAACCAUUUUUAAAUCAUCAGUAUCAGACCUUCUAAAAUCAUUGACUUAUGGUAUCUAUUUGUGUCUUAAAAUAAACACUAUUUUGAAAGAAAUUAAUAUAUUUGUCAUGCAGGGCGGGACCAAGAAAUCUAGUCACAAUGCGGACACAGUGGACAGCUAUGAGAGACAUUUUAAUUCCAUAUGUAGAAUGUGGACAAGACCAGGACAAAAGACGCAUGUUAGUGCCAGGUAUAAAUGAGACAUGAAUGACAACCUAUACUGCAAAGCGAGAAAAUCCAUAAACUUAACACAGUUGACCUCGAGCAUAAAUCGCCUCACCAUCUAUCGGAACAUUGCACAACAUUUCUAACAGGAGAUAGAUAGGUCUUGAUCCCACUAGGUCCUAGGAAAGACAAGUCCAGUUCAGGAUCAGCGGACCUCCAAACUCAAAUCUGGCACACAAUUAUACACAAGCCUUGUCCGAAGUAAAUGUGUGAUACCUUGUAUUUAAAGGGAUCAUGUAUUGCACAUGGUAUACCCAGAGAAAACAAAUGCAUGUAAAGUCUUUCAAGGACAUCUAUUGUUGCACAAUUGAAAAUGUGCCGGUUUUCAUUGCUAUCUUUACCUCCCUUUACCUCAGAUGAACAAUUGAGACCCAUAUGCACAAUUUUGAAUAGGAAUAUGUCCCCAAAACUUCAUUGAUAACACUUUACACUAAGUUGCUCUUAUACUUGUGUAAUAACAAUGUAAUUACUCUUAGCAAUGUAAUUAUUCAAGUAAUAACAUCUAAUUAAUAUGUACACCUUAUUGCUUUGUAUUGUAAAUUAAAACCUAUCCCUAAGUACUGA